AUGCCGAAUUCAAUGCUCCCCCGCGAGGCGUGGGACAGUCAUCUCCAUUGCCUGGACCCACAGCGUUUCCCGUUCAAGCCAACGCGCGCCUACACCCCUCCACCGGCCACGCUCGAGAGGAUGGUACAGCACCGACAGACCAACAAGCUGAUGCUCGUGCAGGCCUCCAUCGAGGAUGGCUAUGAAGGCUUUCUGGCUCACCUCACCGAGUGUCGGAGGUUGUACCCAUCGAUCACCAUCCGGGGGACCAUCUGCUGCGAUCCGGAGCUGGACCGGUUGACCAAGGAGGAGUUCGAGCAAUGGCACGAGGUUGGGGCGCGCUGCAUUCGCAUCCACGGAGUCUAUGGGCAAUUCAGGGACCAGCCAGAGCUCGUGCGGAGCCAACUCCGAGCAUUGGCUGGGUCCUACGGGGUGCGUGUGCUGGGGUGGUCCAUUUCGGCUCAGCUUCCAUUACCAGUCUGGGCUUCUCUGAGACCUUUCCUCAUAGAAGAUAAGAGCAUGCAGGAUAUCAUCCUCAUCGCGGAUCAUAAUGGCUGUGCGGAGCCAGAUGACAUAGACACGUCGGAUUUCCGUGCUUUCAUGGAUCUGCUAGGGUCGGGAAGGUUGUACGUGAAGAUCGGGGCUUUGUACCGUCGCAGUCCGGACGACUUCCUGCGAAUGGAGCCAGUCAUCAGGGCAAUGGCUGAGCAGACACCAGAACGUAUAGUCUGGGGAAGCGAUUGGCCACAUGUGGUCACAGGUGGUGGGAAGUUGCAGGUAGGGGAUGUAGAUGCUGAGCUGGCCGCGUUGCGGGGAUGGCUGUCAGAGGAGGCGUGGCGUCUGAUGCUUGUUGAUAAUCCACAAUUCCUCUCCCCACGAGGUGUCUCGGAAUUGAAGGUCCUGAUAAAUACUCCAGGCCGGUCUGAGAAAGAAGCGACUGUUGUUCCUGCAUUUGUACCCUAUAGAACUUUGCCUGACCCCCGUUCCAGGAAAGACGAAUUGGAGCAUGAAGUUAAGCCCGAGAAUGUCUGGGUCGAAGAUUGUGCAGCAGACGGAGGUUCCGGGGUGAUGGCCACCUACCGGGGCUACGAUCCAGAGUUCGCGCGCAAGACAGAGGGCGAGCUGCUGAAAAAGAUCGAUCGUCGGAUCCUACCUUUGGUCCUGCUCAUCUACCUGUUCAACUAUCUGGAUCGAAACUCCAUCACGCAAGCUCGAGUCUAUGGGCUGCAAGAAGACACCCACCUGAAGGGAGCGGAGUAUCAGACCGUCAUCUCCAUCUUUUCAGUGGGGUACAUCCUGAUGCAAGUCCCCUCUACCAUGCUCAUGACCAAGCUUCGACCCUCCAUCUACUUGCCUUCAUGCAUGAUCAUCUGGGCCAUCGUGAGCGGAUGCACGGCAGCGACCCACAACGUCGGCAGUAUCAUGGCGGUCCGGUUUCUACUCGGCUUUGUCGAAGCCCCCUUCUUCCCCGGCGCCAUCUACUUCCUCAGCUGUUGGUACACAAAGAAGGAACUGGGAGUGCGAACCGCAUUGCUCGUGUCGGGCAUCCUGCUGUCCAACGCUUUUGCGGGACUGAUUACCGCCGGAAUCCUGACCGGAAUGAACCACACCACGCGACUCGCAUCCUGGAGAUGGCUGUUCAUCAUCGAAGGGCUUGCCACCGUUGUUGUAGCCCUCGUAGCCAUGGCCUUCCUACCCGACUUCCCCGCCACGACCAAAUGGCUGACUGAAGCCGAACGGAUCGUGGCGCAGGCGCGUCUCGCCGAGGACGCAGGCUCGGAGAACGCGCUGGAAGAUGAGAAAGUGCCCCUGCCCCGGGCAUUGAUCUGGGCCGCCAAGGACGUGCGCACCUGGAUCUUUGCCUGCAUGCAAAUGGCCACGACGGCCACCAUCUCCUUCUCCCACUUCUUCCCCACACUGAUCAAAGAGAUCGGAUUCUCCAACAACACAGUCGUGCUCUUGCUCACAUCCCCACCCUACGUCGUGGGCUUCUUCUGGGCUGUAGGCUGGGGCUGGUGGGCCGAUAAGCGCCAGACUCGCUCCAUUCCUGCGGGCGUGUCGGAGGGGGUGGCUAUUCUUGCGGCCAUCCUGUUGAUUGCGGUACCAGAGUCCCAGCAGUGGGCGCGCUACGCCUUCACCUUUCUGAUCUGCUGCGGAACGUACGGUGUCUAUGCGACCACCUACGCCUGGCUGUCUUCGACCAUCGUCCAGCCCCCGGCCAAACGAGCCGUGGCGAUCGGUAUCGCUAACACCUGCGCCAACGUGGCGUCGCUGUUUGCGAACUACUUCUGGUUGGACCAGUACGAACCCACGUAUCGGGUCUCUUGGGGAUGCAUCCUCGCUUUUGAGUGUCUCGGAAUGGCGUGUAUCCUAACGCUGCGUUUUCUGCUUCGUCGCGCCAACAGAAGGUUCGAGGAGUUGACAACCACGAUGGAGGUGAAUGAUGGUGUUGCCAUGCAGAGAUUGGACCAAGACUCGCGGCGCGCCAUCUUGAAUGGGUUUCGAUAUGUAAUCUAG